AUGGUGAUCGACCCCGUUGUGGAUGCCGUCAUCACCAAGCUUUUGGCGGCGCGCAAUGUCUCCGGCCAGACUGAUACCAGGGUUGACCUCGGACUCCCCGAGAUUAUCGAGAUCACGAACAGGGUCUCCCAGAUUUUCAGCGCUGAAUCGAUGCUGUUAGAGAUUUCACCACCCUUGCGAAUAUUCGGCGACGUUCACGGUCAAUUCAAUGAUUUGUUGAAACUCCUCAACGGAACGGGGAUUCCUCCCGAAUCGAGAUAUUUGUUCCUUGGGGACUAUGUUGACAGAGGGGCUCACUCAAUUGAGGUGGUUCUACUGCUAUUUGCAUUUAAAAUCAAAUAUCCAGGCGACGUCUUUCUAUUGCGCGGUAACCACGAAGUUCAGCCCGUCAAUCGACGGUACGGAUUUUUUCACGAGGUCACGGCGAGAUACAACGUAGAAACCUACCGUAGAUUCGGUACUGUCUUCUCGUAUAUGCCGGUGGCUGCUAUCGUCGGUGGGAAGAUUUUCUGCGUGCACGGCGGCAUUUCUCCCGAUCUCCACAGCCUUGACCAGAUUCGAAAUAUACCAAGACCGGCCUUAGUUCCGAAGCAGGGACUACUGACUGACUUACUGUGGGCUGAUCCUGACCCGAGGGCCGACGGUUUCGCUUUUAACCGGGAGCGGGGCGUUUCAAUUGUUUUCGGCCCGGAAGAGGUCAAGGACUUUCUCAGAAGAUUCGAUAUGGACCUCAUAUGUCGGGGACACCAGAUGUGUGCUCAGGGUUUUCAAUUCUUCGCCGGAGGAAAACUCAUGACCCUGUUCUCGGCCCCGAACUACUGCGGACAAUUCGGUAACGCGGCCGCGGUAUUGAGCGUUCAAGCCGAUCUCAAGUGCGAUGUGAAUGUGUUCGUGCCGCUACCGCGUACGCUUUCGUGCAGUGAGUCAUCGGUUAAUGACUCUUGA